GUGUAUCUUUGCAAUCUACUAGCACGUACCAGACUUUGUACAAUUUUUGGCAAAUCAAUGCAGGUGACCCUCCGAAUUGACCAAGACCAGUAAAACCCCAGAACGCUUGAGUCGCUUGUGAGUAGCUCGAUAACAACGCAUCAUUCCAUUCGCCGGUAGCGUGAAACUGUUGACGCCUAAUCACAACAUUAAUUUUGCAGAACGUCCACCAAGACCAAAGAUUCCCUCCGCAACAACUCCACCAAGUGAACCUAUCCAACGUGCUGCCUCGCACCGACUUUAUCAAGUCGUCACCGCCUCUUACUCCUAUCAAGAAGCAAUCUCGCCGUGUCUGAUCCAUUUUUCGACUCGACCAAUACAAGAAAAUGGUUUGGGGAUUCUUCAGCAGCACCAGCCCGGCCCAGCCCGAACAGGCUGAGGUCGACGAGCUCCAGAACAAGGUCGAAGCCCUCGAGGAGGAGCUCGAGACUGCUAAGAACACCCAGACCUCCUUAUCCAAGGAGAAGAAUACACUUGAGCAAAAGAUUGCAUUUGCACAACAGGCAAAAGAGGAGGCCGAGAAGCAGCUGCAGGCCAAGAUCGAGAGCCUCGAGUUAUCCACUGAUGUCCAAGUCGAGCAGCUGAAGGCCGAGCUGGCCGAAGCUACCGCGAAGCACCAGACCGCCGAGAGCGAAAUCUCUGGCCUCAAGGUCCAGAUCGCCGCUAAUGCGAAGGCCGUUGAAGAGGCACAUUCCACCAAGGAAUCCCUCAAGGCCGAGCUGGCCAAGGCAAAUGCCGAGAAGGAUUCUCUCAAGGCCGAGCUGGAGAGCAGAAUUGCGUCCCUCGAAGCCGCCAACGCAAAGGCUGCACAGGAUGCAUCGGCCACCACCGAGUCGCUGAAGGCGGCACAAGAAGCUUCGGCCACCAAUGAGUCCCUCAAGGCUGAGCUUGAAUCCAAGAUUGCUUCCAUCACCACCGAGCUUUCCAAUGUUCAGUCCGACCUGUCUGCUGCCCAGGAAACGGCGGCGGAGCACGCGAAGAGGCAUGAUAGCCUUAACGCUGAAAACACCCGUCUGCAAGAGGAACUUGGCGCCACUAGUGCCAAGCUGGACGACCAGAUCAAGACUCUCACAUUGGAAGCCCAAAAUGCAAAGAACGAUGUCGAUGCUGCUAAGGCGGAGGCCGAUGAGCACGCAAAGAAACACGACACCCUCAAUGCCGAGCACUUGCGUCUGCAAGAGGAAGCUGCCGCUACCAGCUCUAAGCUCGAGGAGCAGAUCAAGAGCCUGGCAACUGAGCUCGAGAACGCAAAGAAGGAAGUCGAAGCCGCCUCCAGCUCGGGUUCCGAGUCCACUGCACAGGCCAACAAGGCACUAGAGGAAGCUCAAUCUACUGCCGCCGCUCUCCAAUCACAGAUCACGAGUCUGGAGGCAGAGAUUGCUUCCGUCAAGGCGAACGCCGAGGAUCUUGAGAAGGCCUACCAAGCGGAGAAGGCGUCUUCUGCCGAAUCCGCAGCCCAGGCAUCUAAGUCUCUGGAGGAGGCUCAAUCCUCUGCUGCCGCCCUGAAGUCGCAGGUUUCGAGUUUGGAGGAGGAGCUGGCCACCGUGCGGGCGAACUCCGAGAACCUAGAGAAGGCAUACCAAGCCGAGAAGGAAUCCUCAUCCACCGCGUCUGGUGAGAUUCAGGCUCAACUCGAGAGCAAAACCAACGAAGUCGAGGAGUUGAGUACCAAGUUGAAGGAGGCCGAGGCCGAGCUUGCCGAGAAGAUUGCCGCUCUCGAUAAGGUUCAGGCCGAAGUUAACGACCUGACUUCCGCGUUGGAGGCCGAAAAGGCCGCCCACACCGACACCAAGACUGCCUCGGAAGGUUCUGCCAACAAGAUCUCCGAGUUUGAAGCUCAGGUCGCCGAAUUGAAAGCGGCAAAGGAAGAGGCUGAGCAGAAGGCUGCUGCUGCGGAGAGCAAUGCUGCGGACAAGAUCAAGGACCUCGAGUCUCAACUGGCCACGGUCAAGGAAGAAGUGGAGAAGAAGGUCGCUGCCGCCGAGGGCGAUGCUGCCAACAAGAUCAAGGACCUGGAGACGGAAAUUUCCGAGAUCAAGGCCACAUCUGAAGGUUCUUCCUCUAAGAUCUCGGAAUUAGAGGCUCAGUUGGCCGAGGAAACCAAGAAGACCGAGUUAUUGACCGAAGAGAUUGACAGCUUGACUUCGGCGUUGAAGGCUGAAAAGACUGCCCACGGCGAGAAGGCUGCUACUCUGGAAAAUGUCCAAUCCGAACUUGAUUCCAAGACCGACGAGAUUGCCAGCUUGACUUCUUCUUUGGAGACUGAAAAGUCUGCCCACACCGAGACUCAGACUGCACUAGAGGCCGAGAAGGCGACCCACGGCGAGACAAAGAGUGCCUCGGAAGGACACGCCUCCAAAAUCUCUGAACUUGAGUCUCAGUUGACGGCGGCCAAGGAAGAAGCCGAGAAGGUCAAGGCGCUCGAGUCUAAGCACGAAUCUGCCUUGGAGGAGUCUGCCACCAAGAUCUCCGCACUAGAAGCAGCACUUGAGUCCGCAAAGGAAGACGCAGCCAAGAAGGCCGAUGCUUCCAUCGCCGAGGUCGAGGCUUCUAAAUCGAAGUUGGAGGCGGCGGAGGCCAAGAUCAAGUCGCUGACGUCGGAGCUAGAGUCUUCGAAGACGGCAGCGCCUGCAGUGGAAACUAAGCUGGAGGCAGAGGCGGUCACGGCCGAGUAAUGCUUGACACAAACAAGUAUUGUAGUUGCCCCUGUUACACACUAGAUACCCCUUCAGCAGAUACGCCUCACGGAUUUCGACGAUUAAUAUUUGGAGAGAUAGCUUACGACAGUAAUGACAUGAUGGCCAUUGGUCCGAUU